GUCUUCAUCUUAAUUAUAGGACCUAGAGACUUCUGACCUUGCGGGAUAAGUUAUGUACGGCCGGCCUUCUGCAAUUCCUGGCGGAUUCCUUUUUCCGUCUUCUUUGAAGGUUACCUAAGUUACCUUCCCAGAUAAAUCACAGCAUCUUCUCUUUUCCACCAACCCCCUCGCCGCGGCCGAACUGGUCAAUCACGCGGAAAGCGAUCAUCUGUACAUGCAUAUAUAUCGAGGUUUAAUUAGUUAAAGCCUGCAAGUUCCAAGGAUCAAGCCAAGAGCGGGAAGGAAAUCAGAGGAUUAGCAAACCCAUUAUAAUUCCUUCUAGUUGUGUAAUUAAUGGGCAAAACCCAGAAAUAUGAGCGUGAAUUCAAGCACUUUGAUGAGAAUGGAGACGGGGAGAUAUCGGCGUGGGAGCUGAAGCAGUGGCUGGCGGCGGUGGGGAGGGAGCUCACGGAGGAGGAGGCGGAGGCGGCGGUGGAGCUGAUGGACGCCGACGGAGACGGGAAGCUGGGGCUGGAAGACGUGGCGAGGUUGAUGGAGGAGGAAGAAGAUGAUCAGGCGGAAGAGGAUCUGAGAGAAGCAUUCAAGAUGUAUGAGAUGGAUGGGAGUGGGAUGAUCACUGACAAGAGCUUGAUGAGGAUGCUGUGCAGGCUGGGGCAGUUCGCCACCAUUGAUACGUGUAAGUUGAUGAUAGCUCGCUUUGACAUCAAUGGCGAUGGAGUGCUCACCUUCGAUGAGUUUAGGAUUAUGAUGAUGUCUUGAUACCACACCAUCACUGAUUUUGUAUUCUUUGGUUCUUUUUACUUAAUUCAAUAUCUAUGAUAUAUUGUUUGAAAUAUAGGGAUACAAAUACAUGAACACACGCACACACACAUAUACGUUUGUAUAUUUUAUAUAUAUAUAUAUAUGUAUAGAUGUUCAUCCACUAA